GAAAAAUAUGAAAUUUUGGAGAGGAAAUAGCAUCUUCAGGAAUUACAUGGAAAUGCAUUUCAUUUUUUUGCGAAUCUCGACAAUCUAGAGGGAUGCGAUUUCCUUAUCUCCGAGUGUACCUUUCUAGGAGUCGUUUGUAUGAAUUGGCAUAUUAGCAUGUUAUCCACGCUAAAGUUUAUUCCGUCUAUUUUUCUUUGUAUUUUUACAGACUGACCAUAAUUACAGUGAUCGAUUUCUGAAGAGCUCAUAAAGAUGGUGAAAAUUGUCAACGGUGAGAUCGUUGCCGACGAUGACCCUCGUGCCAAGCACCUUUCGUCAGGUGGCUCAACCUCGUCAUUCUCCCAAGCAAGGCCACGAGUGGCUACAAGCGGACAAUUCUUUGGGGGUGGAUCUGGCACUGACAACGUAAACUCUUCAGGGAGCAACAGCUUUCAGCAAUUUAGUGCGAGUGGGAGCAACAAUGGUAAUGAAUAUCUAGAUACCUUUAGUAAUUACAAAUAUUCAUGGGAGUACUACUAGCUUUACUUUUUCUCUUUUCUUGAAGCUGCUAUCGUAUGUUGCUUUUAUAGGUGAAUAAGUAUUAUGUUGAUUUGCUUGCUACUUCUCUACACUCUUUGGAACGGUUUCGACUUAGUUCCCUAGGGUCUUGUCUCAAGGUUGAUUUGGCAGGUCAAAUCGGAGACAAAUGACAGGACAUUUGCUUGCUACUUAAUCGAGUAAGAAAUUGUUUGCCGACUUUCAUUACAGCCGCACGCGGUGGCGGCAGUGGUGCUCAAGGACCACCCGGCGGAGGCGGCGGGGGCAACCGCAACCAGCUAGAAGCUGACAACCUGAUUUCACGAGACUUGGCAAAUUUGCUUGGUAUCUACGGUCGGCGCGUCAAUAUCCUGGGUGUCGACAUGCUUCUGGUGUACGCGGUCUUACUGGGUGUUGCUUUGUGUCUCUACCUGAUCGACCAAACUGAAAUAUUGCGCCUAGCCAUGUUCGCUUUUCUCGGCUACUUUUUGUACAAAAGUUUCACGCCAAAUACAACCGGACAAAAUAUUGGCGGUGGAAACAUGAGUGGUCAGGGAGGCGGCGGUGGGGGAGAUGGCUCCUCGCCCUUUGCUGGUAAUGAUUUGCGUGCUGGAGGUGGGCAGUAUCGACCGCCAGGAAGGUGAUAAGCUACUCACUCCAAUGAAGAGGGUGAAGAAAAAGCUACGUGCGACGUAUCUUCAGUCGAUUCUCACCAUAUGACCUCCUUUCAAAACAGCGUAUUCAAUGACGAAAGUGCUACCUAGUACAUGUACACCCGACCAAACAGAAACCCCUUCAUGAAUACGACGAUACCCUGAUUCUCUCAUUUUGCGUUUCGGCGAGAGCAUCAAGAAAAAAGCAUUCCCUGCCGUGUAAAGAACAAACACAUGAAAUUUGUCGAGUACUCUACCAUAUUGACAUAUUCGCAAGAUAAAGGAUUAAGAUGUUUUUUUUUGCGACACUAUCUCUUGUACGCUCGGAAUCCGCUAGGUAGUACCUGGCACUGACGCAAGAACAGG